AUGAAGGGGCUUUCUCUCUUCAAGAAGAAAUCCUCCAAGAAGAAUCGGAGUAGUGAUAGUGUUGAUGACUCCUCCAGUUCUCAACCACAACAAACGCAGCAAACAAGGCCGUCCGAUAAAAGUAGCAAUGGAAAUAGUAGUCCGCAGGAUAUGAACGUGGACCCAAAAGUGUCCACGAAAAGGGAAGCGGACAUCAACACUCACAGCCGAGCCAAGCGUGGACAGAAUAUCUUCGCUCAGAAGAUUGAUCUUAACGAGCACUUUGAGACUCCCUUUUUCGCCAAAUCCGACACUUCGAUCCAGUUUAUCGAUACAAGUCUGGUGGAUAACUUUAUUUUCGCUUCCCUGUCCUCAAAGGAGCGUAGAUUGCUCAUCGAUGCUAUGAUCAUGGAGACAGUGCCUGCCGGCACAAUCAUUAUCAGGCAAGGCGAUGUUGGGGACUUCUUUUAUGUUGUAGAUGACGGUCAUGUCAGCUUUGCCGUGGACGGGAACCAUGUGGGAGCCUGUGGACGUGGUGGAUCCUUUGGAGAGCUUGCACUGCUUUACAACUGUCCUCGUGCUGCCACCUGUCUUGCCAAUACCACUUGUCGAUUGUGGAAGGUCGACCAACGGACAUUCCGUUACAUGCUUGCAAACAACACUGCAAGCCAGCAGAAAGACAUUCACGAUGUACUCCGCAAAGUUCCUUUCCUUUCUGAGCUCGAUGAAUCCAAUCUAGUUCGUAUCUCCGACGCUCUCACCUCCGUAACCUUCCCAGAAGGUGAACGCAUCAUCAACAAGGGAGAUGUUGGGGAAGUCUUUUAUAUUAUGCGGGAAGGUAAAGUGAAAGUCCACGACAUUGGUUUUGGAGAUAGUACAUACAUUGAUCAAGAAGUUGGCCAAGGAGACUAUUUCGGGGAGCGUGCUUUGCUCACGGGUGAUGCUCGAUCGGCAAACGUUACUGCCAUUACCAACUGUACCACACUUUGUCUAUCGCGUGAAACCUUCGAGAAGGUCCUCGGUCCGCUUCAAGGACUCAUCGAUCACUCCAUGAAGAAGCGAACAUUGGAAGGUGUUCCAGUCUUUGCAAACUCCCAAUUUCAACCAUUCGAAAUGGCUCGUCUUACUGACAUGCUUGUCGAACGUUCCUUCCCUGCUGGAACCGUUCUCGCAGAAGAAGGCAAACCAUUCGAACCCAACCUGUACAUUAUUCGAGAAGGACGCGUUGUGGUUGCCAGUUCCAGUGGCCAAAUCAACACACUGAUGGAUGCUGACUACUUCGGUGAAAACUGGCUCAAGUUGGAGCCUGGUUCACCCAGUAAACAAACCAUUACAGUUCAAGCCGACACGGAGUGCGGUGUUCUAUCCAGAAAAGACAUUGAAACUGUCCUUGGUGAUAUUCGAAGACUUGGACAACCGGCACACUUGUCUAAUCCAAGCUUGAAAAACAAUAUUCGAUACAAGGACCUUGUCAAGUUCCGCAUUCUUGGUGUAGGUACCUUUGGUAAAGUCUGGCUCGUUAGCCACAAAAGAACGGGUGUUCCGUAUGCUCUGAAACAACUGAGUAAACGAGAAAUCAUUGGCCAUCACCAAGUUGAAGGUGUCAUUCGAGAGAAGAACAUCAUGGCCUCUAUCGAUCACCCCUUUGUUGUUAACCUGGUUGCUACAUUUCAAGACGAGCGCCACCUUUUUAUGCUGAUCGAACUGGUGCAAGGAGGAGAGCUGUUCUCUGUUAUUCACACGGAAACCAGAGAUGGUAUUCCCAAUGGUAACUCUCGUUUCUACGCUGCUUGUAUCUUGGAAUCUUUGAGUCACUUGCACUACAGAGGAAUCUGUUAUCGUGAUCUAAAGCCAGAAAACAUUUUGAUUGAUUCCAAGGGAUACUGUGUGCUCGUCGAUCUUGGUUUCGCCAAGGUUGUCACGGACAAGACCUACACACUGUGCGGAACUCCCGAAUACUUGGCACCCGAAAUUAUUUUGUCAAAGGGUCACGACAAGGGUGUUGACUACUGGGCCUUUGGUGUGUUGAUCUACGAAAUGCUUGUAGGUCGCUCACCUUUCUACUCGUAUGGAACUGACCAAGUCAGUCUCUUCAAGCGAAUCGUUCAAGUUAAGUAUUCAUUCCCUCCCGGUGGAAUGGUGAGCGAACCCGCCCAAGAUUUGAUCCAGCGUUUGAUUGUGCGUCGCCAAGCCAACCGUUUCGGAUGUCUUGCACGUGGAGACAUGGAUGUUCGCGACCACUACUGGUUCAAUGUCAUUGAUGUCGAAAAGCUAUUGGUAAAACACAUUCCCGCUCCUUGGGUACCCCGCAUCAAGGAUCCAUUGGAUGCUUCACAUUUUGAUUCUUACAGGCACAUGGAGAAUGAGCCACCGUCCAAUAAACCACACCUAUCAGCGGCACAACAGGCUCAGUUCACUGAGUUUUAA